AGCGCCUUAUCGAUUACCAUAGCCUUGUAACUAUAGUAACCGCAAUCAUGCAAACCUGGUAUCUGAUGUCGUGAUAUAGGGGUAAUGAAAUUAUGUGCUUUAUCGAAUGCCUUAUCUUUGUAACUAUAACGACCGGCAUCACGCCAUCUGGCAUCUGGCUCCGUGAUAUCCGGGAAAUAUUUGCAUGUCGUGUUGUUAUCAGUGACAUCAUUUUCAACUAAUAAGAAUGAGCAUUGCAUAACCACGCGCAAUGCAUUCUGGGUAUUCGUAAGCGAUAUUAAAGUAGAUUCAUUUUGUCAGAGAAUUACAUUUGAUAGCAGGAUAGUAGGAAGUUCUCUCUCUCUCUCUCUCUCUCUCUCUCUAAAGGAAAAUUUUUAUCGAUCGUUUGGUCUUCUUUGUUAUAAUUUUUGUUGAAUUUUCUCGUUAAGUUUUGUCAGUUAUGGUAGUUAAAGUUUUUCAUUUAAUUGAUUGACAUUUGGUGUAACUGAUUUAAGUUGAAAUCAUUCGUUAUGGAUGAAAAAAAUUUUACUUGCAAACACUGCUGCUCUUCCUUUUCUUCAAAAUCUAACUUGUCACGCCAUAUACGCACAAAACACGACAAUGAAACUCAUAAGCGGAAAUCAACUUCAAGUAUUUCAUCAUCGCCUAAAAAACAUAAGAAGAAUGGAGCCAAUCAAGACUCUUCAGAGCUGUCGAGUGGACCAUCGACAAGUACUGCUUCUGAUUCGCCUUGCACAUCUGCUGGGAAAGCAAUUGUUUCAACUGAGAAAACGACAUCUACCCACUUCCAUGCAAAAGUUAAAUCCGCUUUAAACGGCAGAGUGAAAACACUCUACUUAACGAACGAAAAUAACUUUUUGGAUAUGAAAGAAUUUCUUUUAUCCAAUCAACAAAAAUUUAACGAUGAGGUGACAAAGGAGCGGCAAAUCCAAGAUUUGAAAGUGAAUUGUAGAUUAACGGGUCUUUACAAGAAAGUUACAAAUGAUAAAAUAGUGCGCGAGGAUAAGAAUUUUAAAACUAAAAACACUCCAAUUUUACUAUCAACUGAUUUAGAAGAGUUUUAUUCAAGUAUUAUGAGCAAACUGUUGACUGAAGCAGAAGACUUUGAAAAGAAGGAUUCGGGCUGGUCAUUGGAUGAAAUCAUCGCAUUUGAAAUCCGCAUCAAUAAAUAUGAUCCUUUACGGGCUUCAGGAUUCAUUCCGCUUCCACCUGUUAUUUCUAAGAGACUGGCAGUUGUUAAUGUUAAAAACAAUGAUAAUGAAUGCUUCAAGUGGGCAAUUCUUUCCGCACUUCAUCCCAAGCAAACAAAUCCGUGUAGAAUGUCUAACUACAAAUCGUUUGCAAACACAUUGAAUUUUUCGAACAUUCCCUUCCCCGUUAAACUUCAAGACGUGAAAAAGUUCGAAAAGUUGAACGAAAUCUCAAUUAAUGUGUAUGGACUGACAGAAAAAAAUUCAGUGUUUCCUUUAAUUAUCACAGAAGAAGAAAAAACUCAGCAUGUUGAUCUUUUAUUUUUGAAAACUGAAACUGACUCUCAUUUCUCCUGGAUAAAAAACCUCUCACGGCUGUUGUCUCCUCAGUAUUCUCAACAUCACGGAAGAAAGUUUAUUUGCCGAAGGUGUUUGCAGUUUUUUACAUCAGAUGCGAUACUUACACGCCAUAAAAUAAGCUGCAAUCAGCACGAAACUGUACGCGUGAAAAUGCCGACUGAUAAAUGGCUCAGGUUUAAAAACGUAAAGCAUACUCAGCCUGUUCCCUUUGUAAUAUAUGCGGAUUUUGAGAGCUUACUGAAACCCAUAGACUCUUGUGGGCCGUCUUCAGGUGCGUCGUUUACAGAAAAAUAUCAAAAACAUGAACCCAUCAGUUUUUGUUAUUAUGUUUGUGGCAUUGCUGGACUUAGUAAACCACCUUAUGUUUAUCGUGGAAAAGAUGCAGCGAAAAUAUUUAUGGAGAAAAUGAGGGAGGAAGCACUUAUCAUCCAUGAAAAAUAUAAUAAUCCGCUGCCAAUGAAAUCAUUAACUGAAAAACAAACCCAGCAGUAUGAGUCAGCAACUAAUUGUUAUGUGUGUGAUAGUGAAUUUUCUGUGGAAAAUUACAAGGUCAAAGAUCACUGCCAUGUAACACAGGAAUUUCGCGGGGCAAGUUGCAACAACUGCAAUAUGCAAACUAAAGUGCCAAAUUUCAUCCCCGUCAUUUUUCACAAUUUAUCCGGCUAUGACAGUCAUCUUUUUAUUAAAGAACUAGGAAAAAAUGAAGAAAAUAUCAAUGUUAUUCCGGAAAAUACUGAGAAAUAUAUUUCUUUUUCAGAGUAUGUUUCAGGAAAAAUUUUCCUUCGUUUUAUAGACUCUUACCGUUUCAUGGCGAGCAGUUUGGAUCAGCUCGCAAGAAAUCUUACUCCUGAUCAAUUCCUCAACAUGAAUAAGUUUUUCUCAUCAUCAGAAGUACCUCUAGUACUCCGUAAAGGAGUAUAUCCAUACGAUUACAUUGAUCAUGAAAGUAAAUUUGAAGAAACAACAUUACCACCACAGAGGGCUUUCUAUUCCAAAUUAAAUGACUGCUCAAUUUCUAAUGAAGAUUAUAAACAUGCAGAAGAAGUUUGGCAAAUUUUUAAGAUGUCUUCACUUGGUGAAUACUCAGACCUCUAUGUAAAAACGGAUGUUUUGCUCCUGGCUGAUGUGUUUGAAAAUUUUAGAGAUGUAUGCAUGAGACAUUAUAAUUUGGAUCCGGCCUGGUACUUCACGGCACCAGGAUUAUCAUGGGAUGCAAUGCUUAAGAAAACUAAUAUUUCCAUAGAGCUUCUCACUGACUAUGAUAUGAUUCUUUUCAUAGAAAGUGGUAUUCGUGGUGGCAUUUCGCAAUGUUCUCACCGCUAUGGAUCUGCGAACAAUAAGUAUAUGGAAGCCUAUGAUUCAUCGAAGUCCUCUAAUUAUUUAUUGUACUUAGAUGCAAACAACUUAUACGGUUGGGCCAUGUCUCAGCCAUUACCCCUUCAAGAUUUUAAAUGGGUAGAACCACCAACGGAUGUGUUAUCCAUUUCUGACGAUGGUCCACUUGGUUUCAUCUUUGAGGUGGACUUAGAUUACCCCAAAAAUCUUCACGACAACCAUUCUGAUCUUCCUCUUGCACCAGAAACCAAGAUUCCACCUGGGUGCAAGGAUAAAAGACUGCUCACAACUCUUUACCAUAAGGAAAAGUACGUUCUUCACUAUCGUAAUUUAAAGUUCUACUUACAACAAGGAUUAAUAUUAAGGAAGGUUCAUAGAGUUCUUCAGUUCAGUCAGUCCCCAUGGUUGAAAAGUUAUAUUGAUUUGAACACUAGCCUCCGAAAAGAUGCCACUAAUGAAUUUGAAAAAUCCUUUUUCAAAUUAAUGAACAAUGCCGUUUUCGGCAAAACGAUGGAAAAUAUCCGUAACCGCGUAAACGUCAAGCUCUGCAGUUCUGAAAAGAAGGCAGAGAAAUUAAUUUCUCGGUGCAAUUUUCGUGACAGGACCAUCCUUACUGAACAACUAGUAGCGAUCCAUAUGGGAAGAACUGAAAUUACAUUCAAUAAACCUAUCAGCAUCGGAAUGGCUGUACUGGACAUUUCAAAAAUCCUUAUGUAUAAGUUUCAUUAUACGAAAAUGAAAACGAAGUAUGAAGAGAAAAUUAAAUUACUCUAUACUGAUACUGAUAGUUUCAUUUAUGACAUCACUACUGAAGAUGUCUAUUCAGAUAUGAAUGAAGAUUUGGAUAGUUUCGAUACUAGUGAUUAUCCUGAGGAUAAUAUUUAUGGUACUCCUCGAAAAAAUAAAAAAGUUUUGGGAGUUAUGAAAGAUGAGAAUAAAGGAGAGAUCAUGAUUGAAUUCAUAGGAUUAAGAUCCAAAAUGUAUGCUUUUAAAGUCAAGGAACAGGUAACCAAGAAACUGAAAGGUAUUAAGAAAGCAACAAUUGAAAAAAAGAUUGAGUUCGAAGACUAUAAAAAAUGCCUUUUUGAGAAUCAAGAGCUUCAUACCACAAUGAAUACAAUUCAAUCCAAGAGACAUGAGUUAACAUCAGUAACAAUUAAUAAAUUAGCUUUAUCACCUUAUGAUCAUAAACGCUAUGUUUUAGAUGAUAAAGUAAGCACAGUUCCUUUUGGACAUUAUUUAUUUCCAGAAUUAAAAUAAGAAAGAAAGUUGAGAAUGACUAAGGGAAAAUUAUAAAUCGAUCGAAAAAUAAUUCUUUUUUGAGUGGAUCUCUUACGAUGGUGUUAUUAAGAGCAACUGACAUUUAUUUGAGACCAUCUCCUUAAAAAUAACAGUUUGGAAAAAAAACAUUCGGAUAAGAAAGCACCAUUGUAUAAAUUGAAUGAAUUGUUUUUAUUUUUUUUUCUCUUAAAUGUCAUAUAUGAAAUCCCUUUCAAUAUAUUUAUUUCUCCAUUAAAAUUGUAUAAUUAAAAAAAAAAUUUAAGAAAUCUGCGAUGUAUGCUCACAGAAAUGUAAAUUGGAAACUCUAUAAAAUAAAUAAAUGAUUCCUCAUUGUUUUAAA